AUGUUUUUUUUCUAUAUAACUCUUAUUUGUGUUUUCAAACAGUUGUUUGCCAUCGAUCUAUUCAUCUACAAUAGUUUUACUGAGCUUCGCGAAAAUAAGCAUGGUCAAGGCACGUUAACAUAUUCAUUUAAAAAUGACGCAUAUGUCAAUAUCAUUUCUGGAUCAAUCAGUUGGAUUGGAACGCCAUUUAUUCGUCAAGAGUUGUUUAGCACAAGUAGUUCACUCAAAGGCGCUAAAGUUAUUGUUAAAGAAUCAUCUGCAUGCGGUUGUACAACAAUAAAGGCCACAAUUAUCGAUCCAACAUCUAUGCUUCUUCAAAAUGAGCGUACACAAUCUUAUUUUUAUGCUGAUCCUCGUUCAAUUCAAUACGUUUCAACGCCUCUAAAUGAUAAUGGCUAUCAAUUAAAAAUAAUAUUUUCCAAUAAAAAUGAAGCAUACAGUGGAAUUUUGUCAUAUUUAACGACAGGAAUUUAUGACUAUUCGAUUAUGAUGUCAUUCAUUCAUAUGAAGCAAAACCGUUCAUUGAACGACAGAAAUCUAUAA